CAGUCGCUCCGUCGUACGUCGGCGAUAUGACAACGAUUUGUACAAUAUAACCUAGAAAUGUUUCAUGUAAAUAAAAGUGAAAAUGAAUGUGGUAGAUCUGUGAAGAGAGUUUAGUGGCAAAUUUAAAGGAAGCUCUGAUCAGUGAUCAUGUUGUCAAUUGUGAAGAUGGAUUUCGAUUCAGAUGUCGAAGUAUUGGAAGAAGAUAUCAAAACAGAGGUGGUUGAUGUCGACGAAAACUCAAAUGAAGACACAAAAGAUCUAAAUAUACUAAAUAAUGUAGUACAUGAUCUAGAACUAAUACCCAUCGUUUACACGACAAAGUUGGACGAUAUGUUUGUGGGGAGAACUUUGUAUCCCGUUGGGUUAGACCCAAAAGAAACUACCGCCAGGAUAAUAAAAGAAAGUAAACCUGUAUUACGUACUAUUCCUGGGCCUCCGAAAAAAGGACGAAAGAAUAAACGAAGAUUUAGCGAAUUAGAAGAUACACUUCGAAGAAUAUAUCAUCCAACCAAAGAAAUGGCUAUUAAAGAAAUAGAAACAGAACCUGCUAUAUGUAACAUUAAAAUUGAUUCUGUGAAAAGUGAAAUUGUAGAUGAACCAAUCGUGGAAGUGAAAAUUGAAGAUUUAGAGGGACAGUCAGAAAAAGCGGCGCCCAAAGACACAUGUAAAUAUAGUGAACUUUUAAAACAGUGCAAACAGUGUAGUGUUUUACUUCCAGCAGUAAUAGGAUAUGGGCAAGUGUUACAUGGCGGACAGUUGCUUAAAGCAAGUAAAGUACAAAAACGUGGCGCAGUUAGUACAUCACUAAGCUCUUCGGAUGAUGAUGUACCGCUAAUAACUUUUCCUCCAGAUCUACUAAUAGAACGCGUAAAAAAACCUGAAAUCCCUGUAAAACCAACACAACCAAAUGUAAUUGAAAUUAAUAGUUUACAACGAAGAAAAUCAAAAGGUACUUCAUCUGAAAUAGCUCAACGUAUUUUGCGUAAUAGCUUAUUGGAAAUAGAGGACAUAUUUUCUAAUGAACAUUUCUUUUACUUCACUGAUAAUGAUGGUAAUUUAUUACACUAUUUCGAAAACCUUAAAGACAAGCCUCUCUAUGAGGCGGCAAGUUUACACGAGAGUAGGUAUAAAAUAAGUAAUUGCUGCUGGGUCAAGAAGGAUGAAUUUGUUAUGUCGUUGUAUCCUAAAGUUCUUAAAUAUCCUAACGUGCGUUUCAUAAGAACGACACAUCCGUGCAAGCCAGGUGCUUGUACUUGCUGCUGCCGCAAAAAAGAAGUCUAUAAGAAGCCUGAUUUAGAUUUUUCUGACGUACAAUCAGUUCCUUCAUCUAGUAAAGAAUCUGACGAUGUUGGGGUAGUUCGGGACUUAGAAGAAGAAAUUGAUGUAAGCAUCAUAAAUAUUAACAGAACUCCGAAACUUAAUUCCAAUGAAUGGUUGAAAAAUAUUUUAACUGCAAAGCGAACUAAUGAUAAAAAUAGUUUAAUAGGAAAAGCACUAAAGUACAAAAAACCCCCCGCCUACAAAAUUAGCCGAGAAUAGGCGUUUAGUGACAUUAAGAAAAGCAAAUUCGCAGAAUCCCGUCCUAGUUUUCCGCAACUAUGCCGAAGACUUCAUUGAAAUCUAUGAAGUAGAUUUUGUAGGAAACAUAGAAACUUAUUUAAGAGCAACAUGCUACAGUAACACAAUACGUCCAGAUGUUGUAAAGCUAUUAAAGAAACGGAGUGUAUCAACCGAAGCAGUAUGUUGCUGGUACAAACGGGAAGAAGUAAUUACCAAACUCCAUACGUCGAAUGCAUUGCACUCUGAUGCAAUCAAAUUUGUUAGAACUACCCAUACAUGUGAUAGCAAAGAAUGUAAGUGUUGUUGCAAGCCCGCAAUUAAAACGGGAAUAAAGCUUGACAAUAUAUAUCUUCCAAAACGAAGCUUGUUUAGCCUUUCAACCAUAAAUGCAUGGAAACCUGGCAAUCAUUCAGAGAAAGACGACGACGAUUGCCAAAUUACUUCAGUAAUGACAAGCCCUGCACUUAAACAGUUACCACAGAAUACUGCAAUGCCUACACUUACGCCGUUACCACAGAAUACUGCAGUACCAGUUACUGCAGUGCCUCCAAGCAUGUUCGUUACUGACGUUGUAGACAGUGACGAAUUGUCAAAGGAAGUCAACUCGCUGAUUACCUCCAUUUUGGACAGGUUUAAAGACGUGCGGCUUACUAUUAAUGCCGAUGGCAAAGUGGCUGCUGCCUUGAACACACCCGUUAAUACAUUAUCUACAGUAGAGUUAAAAGUCCUCGCAAAUAUACUCUCGUUUGCUCAAAACCAAGUCAAUUUGUUGGGAACGAAAGUAAGCUCAGGAGCUUCUUUGUGUCUAAGUAAUAUUAUUAAUCUUAAAGUAGACGACGUGCAAUCGAACACGACAAUCGAUCCCAAUACUGUUUACAAAGAAUUUGGGAAAAAUGUAACCUUAAAUACAACACAAACACAACCAAUACAACCAACCAUUGCAAAUAUGAACCCGCCAUUGGCAUUUCCGCAAGCUCCAACAGCACCACAAACCUACACGUUUUUUACAAAUUCAAUGUCCUCUAAAAACCAACAAUUUAAUGAUGCGUUUUCCUCGUUCGUAAACUCAAAAAUAGAUGCAAACACUGGACCUGUAACACCAGUAAUUGAAAAUGUGUAUUCAUUAAAAGAAACUGAAGCUGGAAGUGCUGAAGAAAAUUCUUCAUGUACAACCGUCUGGUAUAGAAAGCCGGCAUCUCAAUCUAGCCCUUCUACCCCUUCUGAAAUAACAACCACAAAUAAUACAAGUAAAAAACGUAACGAUGACAGCAAACCAGAGACGGCAGAGACAGGACAACCUAAAAAGUUAAGGGUUAAGUCACCUGCAAAGUUAGGUACAGUUAUGAAUAACGCUACAAGUAUUAUGACAGCCGCCAAUGUACCAAUACAACAAACUCCUCCAAUAGGAGGAGAUAUGCCAGGAGUUUUCAUUUUGCCAAAUAAUAACUUCAUUGUUCCCUCUUUAACUCAACCUCAAGCAGUCAAUAGCGUGCCCCCUAUAGGGCAACAGCCAAUGCUGGUUAUAAAUCCUCUCCUUAAUAAUGGUGGUACACUAAUCCCAAUUAGUAAUACUAUGAAUACUCCGAAUUGCAUCCAAUCAAAUAUACCAAUUAUCAUGAAUGCUGCUAAUACUACGUCACAAGUAAUAAAUACUGGUAAUAAUUAUAUAACAGUUGAAAAGGGUAUUGCGACUCAAGAAGCUGUGUCUGUAGAGGUUAUAGAAGACCCAGAUCCACUGAAAGACUCAGUAACGGACAAUGCUCCAGAUAUGGACGAGGUUUCGGAAACAGUCUGCGUUCUAGAGGACGAGGGUACAAAAACGGAAAACGAUGAGGAGAUAUUCAGCGAUGAGGACAUAGAACUGAAAUAUUCUCCAGAGAAUACUGAAGAAGAAGAUUGUAUACUUGGUUUCUAAAGCAUGAUGAUCAAGGCUCGGAAAAACGCCCGUCAUUUUGAAACCACCAUAUUUUAGGGCCCGUUUAUGAGUCCAAAAUGUUCGUUCACAGUCUACGUUAUUGGGGCAUAUUUAAUCGUUGACAUUGGUAGUCAGACCAAGCUAAGUUGGCAGCGAUUUUGAGACCCCAGACGGUGCAAGCGUUAAGUACACAUCAUAAUUUUAAAAUAACACUUGUACCGUAUGGCCUAUCAAAAUCGCUGCCGUAUAAAGAAGUCUCUGUUGUACGGUACAGGGUUAUUUUUUUAAUUACAUGCGUUUUUCCGAUUCUUGAUGAUGAUUGAAGAUUGUCGCGUUUGAAAUGUAGUUUUCAUAAUUUAUUAAUGGAUCUCAGCGUAUUUGCGUUUUGUAAUUUUUUGUGUGAAGAAAAGUGAACAGUAAUAAAAAUGGUAAGAUUGUUCUCCAACAGUCUCAGGAGUUCGUGGGUUCGAAUCGUUUAUAGAUAGACCCUUUAAUAUUUUUUGUAAUGUGAAGAAAUUGUGAAUGUUAUGUUAUAAGUAGUGAUAUAAUUUUAGAUGCGUUUAGAGUUAAUUGUGGCGCUAUCUAAACUAAAUUAAUAAAAAAAUAUCGUUAUGUUUAUAUCUAACAUAUCUAACAAACGUGGAAUAAUUGAAUGUAAAAUACCUUUUAUUACUAGCUGUAAUUUAUUUAUGUAGAUGUUGUAUAAUACUGUUUUUAAUAAAAACAACCAAAUGUUACUAGUAUCUAGUAAAAAAUAUAAGAACCAAACUUUAUGUAUGCCGUCAGUUGUGUGUGUAACUGUUCCAGUGCUUGACACUGCUCCAUUAGCUGACACCCUCAACAGGGUAUCAGUUUUUUUUAAAUUAGUUGUCAAACAUUGGGACAUUUAUCUUACACUUUGUAAAACUAAAAUUAUUAAACACUAAAAUAAAUACGUGUGAUAAAUCUAUUUAUAAGGUAUUAUUGUUACAAUGCUCGUAAAAUUAAAACCAUAGUUACUAGUGAAAAAUGUUAAUACGAUUACGAAGGUAAUAACCUAAUAACAUCAUCCCCUACUGCGCAAAAAGUAAGGAUUCACACAUCACGCGAAAUAAACAAAAUAUUUCUUUA